AUGACGUCCAUCCCCGAGACCAUGAAGGCUCUGCAAUACACAGAGCCCGAGAAAUACGACAUUGUCCAAAUCCCCGUGCCCACUCUUCGUGAAAACGACGUCUUGAUUAAAAUCAAGGCUUGCGGUGUCUGCGGAACGGACCUGCACAUCCACGAGGGUGAAUUUCUUGCCAAGUUUCCCCUUGUUCCUGGCCAUGAGACCGUAGGCGUGGUUGCAGCUGUUGGACCCAAGGUCAAGGGUUUCGAGCUCGGAGACCGCGUCGUUGCGGACAACUCUGAGCUCUGCGGUGAAUGUUUCUAUUGCCGCCGCGGUGAAGAGCUUCUCUGCGAGCAUUUCGAAGCCCAUGGUGUCACCAUGAACGGUGGUUUCGCCGAGUACUGCGCCUAUCCUGCCGGCCGUGUCUUCAAAAUCAAGAACCUCAACGACGUUGAUGCCACCCUCCUUGAACCUGCCUCGUGUGCCGCACACGGACUGGACAAGAUCGCACCCAAGAUGGGCUCGACAGUCCUGAUGUUCGGUGCCGGUCCCACCGGUCUUGUUCUCUCUCAGAUGUUGCGCCAGAACGGUGGUUGCCACGUUGUUGUUGCUGCGCCCGAAGGUCUCAAGUUGGAAUUGGCCAAGAAGCUUGGUGCGGGCGACGAAUAUAUUGCUCUGUCGCGUUCCGACCCUCAAGUCCAGUUCGAGAAAUUGAAGAGCGAGAAUCCCUAUGGAUUCGACAUCGUCGUCGAGGCUACUGGAAGCGUGAAGAUUUUGGAAGACGCAAUCAAUUAUGUCCGUCGUGGUGGUAAGCUUGUUGUGUACGGCGUGUAUGCCAACAAGGACCGAGUCAGCUGGCCUCCCAGCAAGAUCUUUGGUGAUGAAAUCACCAUCCUGGGAUCAUUCUCUGAAACCUACAAAUUCCCGGCUGCCAUUGACUACCUCGACCGAGGCAAGGUCAAAGUUGCCGGCAUUGUCAACAAGACCUUCACGCUUGAGCAGUGGGCCGAGUGUCUGGAGGCGAUGCGGAACAAGAGCGCCAUCAAGGCUGCGAUCACUUUCGAUUAG